AUGAAGGAGAAUGACGCUUGUCUUGUCGAAUCCGCUGGUUUGCCCGUGAUGAUGAAGAUAUCUCGGCGAGAGAAAUGUACAGUCUCCAUUGUCGGCGCUGUCACUAAUGAGAAAAGGGUUGUCCUUACCAAUUUCGCUGAUGCUGAGGAUGAUCGAAAGCCUGUUGACUUUGACACAAAAAUUCUUGGCGAAAGACAGAUGAAGGAAUUCCACUUAACAUCCCUCUCAUCUAAACUUAGGGAACUCGAAUUGCCCGCAGGUCUGACAGUCAGACAAGCCCUUGAAAUGGUUCUUCGACUCCCUUCAGUGGCCAGCAAGAGGUGCGAUGCUUGA